AGAGAGAGAGAGACUCAUUUGGUGGGAGGCUGAGAAAAGAAAGGAACAGAUAUAUUUCCCAUAUCUAAUGUCCUUGCUGUUUAGAGAAGACUAGUUGCUGCAUCCUAUUGCACAUUACCUAUCACGCACAACACACACACACACACACACACACACACACACACACACACACACACAUCAAGCUGUUGGAGGAGGAGAGGAGUGGUUGGCAUUUGAGGGAAAACACACACACACGCACAUAAACACAGCUGGAGCAGAAGAGAAGAGAAACACGGACGCCGUCGCCUGACUUAUGGAAAGAGGUGACCGGGAGCGCGCGACAGCACACACACACACACACACACACACACACACACGCACCAACAAAUACCUACACAUACAUACUCUUACCCCGACAGACAGAUGUGGCCGGAGCAGGAGGCACGCUCCAGCUGUUGGUGUGUGGUAGACUGAAUCCUCUAAAGUGAGGUGGUGGGGUGCUCAUGGCUGCCCUAUGGGGCCUGGGCUGGCUGGGUGUGAGCCUCACCCUGUUGGCCCUCGCCCCAGCGAGCCAGAGCUGCCCGCCACGCUGUGAUUGUGUGGCUCAGCUUCGCUCCGUGUCCUGCCAGCGAAAGCGUCUGUCGGGUGUACCUGAGGGCAUCCCCACAGAGACCAGGCUGCUAGACCUUAGUCGGAACCGUCUACGCUGGGUUUCACCAGGAGACCUGGCACCCUAUCCAAGGCUGGAAGAAGUGGACCUCAGCGAGAACCUCAUCUCCACGCUAGAGCCCAAUGCCUUUGCCAGUCUACAGGCACUGAGAACACUGCAUCUGCGUGGAAACCAGCUGAAGCUGGUACCUAUGGGCGCCUUCGCUCGUCUGUCGAAUCUCACUACCUUGGACCUGAGCGAAAACAAGAUCGUCAUCCUGUUGGAUUAUACUUUUCAGGACCUGCACAGUCUCAAACACCUUGAGGUUGGUGACAACGACUUGGUAUACAUCUCACAUAAAGCUUUCUCGGGAUUGCUGGGACUGGAAGAUUUAACCAUAGAAAGAUGCAACCUGACAUCAAUCUCUGGCCAAACCUUAUCCUACCUGCGAAACCUGGUCACCCUUCGAUUACGCCACCUCAGCAUCUCCACCAUUGAAGACCAAAACUUUCGUAAGAUGUCCGCUUUGCGAGGGCUAGAGAUAGACAACUGGCCGUACUUGGAAUACAUCUCCCCCCUUAGUUUCCAGGGUCUAAACUUGACCUGGCUGUCCAUUACUAGCACUAAUAUAACCGCUGUCCCUUCUGCUUCUUUUCGCAACCUUGUUUACCUGACAUCCCUAAACCUCUCCUAUAAUCCCAUAUCUGUGCUGGAACCCUGGGCAUUCAAGGAUCUUUUAAGGCUGAAAGAGCUACACAUGGUCAGCACUAACCUGCAAGUUGUGGAGCCUCAUGCUCUGGGCGGUCUGAGGCAGAUCCGGGUGCUUAACCUCUCCAGCAAUGAACUGGUCACACUGGCGGAGAACUCCUUUCAUUCCGUCAACAGCCUCGAAACUCUACGUGUCGAUGGAAAUCCACUUUCAUGUGACUGCCGCCUUCUGUGGAUUCUGCAACGCAGGCGCACUCUAAACUUUGAUGGGAAAAUGCCAGUAUGUGCUGCUCCACCUGAGGUACGGGGUAAUAUUUUGAGCAGCUUUCCAGAUUCUGCAUUAUUCGACUACUUUACUUGCCAGAAACCGAAGAUUCGCAACCGGAAGCUUCAGCAAGUGACAGUGCGUGAGGGUCAGUUGGUGUCAUUCCUGUGUCAUGCUGAUGGUGAACCGGCACCUAAUAUCAUUUGGAUCUCACCACAGCGGCGAAAGAUCACAUCAAAAAGCAGCAGCAGGAUCACAGUCUUACCGAGUGGAACGCUGGAGAUACGAUAUGCCCAGGUGACUGACAGUGGCACAUAUAUCUGCAUCGCCAGCAAUGCAGGUGGCAACGACACCUACUUUGCCACACUGACGGUGAAAGGACAACCGGUGGACCCCGCUCUUUUCACCAAUCGUUCUUUGUACGCCGUGGACUUUAAUGACACUGGCCUGAACAGUACACGCGUCUUCCUUAAGUUCACACUUGACCUAACCACAAUCCUGGUGUCUACAGCCAUGGGCUGCAUCACCUUCCUGGGUGUAGUGCUCUUCUGUUUCCUGCUGUUGUUCGUGUGGAGCCGCGGAAGAGGUCAGCGCAAGAACAACUUCACAGUAGAGUACUCAUUCAGGAAGACAGAGGGGCCCACGACCAGUUCGACCUCUGGAGGGACCCGCAAGUUCAACAUGAAAAUGAUAUGAAACAACGCAGCCAGGGGCCCCCUGGGGGAGGCAUAAACGCCCAACGUAAACACACAGCUCUGAUUCGCAGUAAUAUAACAAGAUGUUUUAGGGACUAAUGUGAUUUGAACUCACUGCCUUUGGAAAAUGUGUUAACAUUUCAAUGCAGUCUUUUGGAUUUGAUAAGAUUAUAGGUUUUCUUUACCUAAACUUUAUUCGCUUGGAUGGUUGGUUGCCAUUUUUUAAACAUAUUAUUAGCGCUACUAAUGAUUUUGUUAGGCAAAACCAACCAAUGUUACUGUAAAAAUUCAUUAAUUAAUUUAAUAUACAGUAUAAUGAUUUUAAGAAAAUGGCAUUCUAAUUAAAAUGCUAAUUCAGAAAAUGCUGAAUGCACAAAUUUAAAUUGAAUUGCACAAUCCAAAAAUUAAACACACUUUGUAUAAAAAGCAAGUUGGCCAAUCAAAUUGUUAGAACCAUUGAAUCAUGAGUUUCUGAAAUACAAGCUUAGCUUUCUGUCAUGUCUGCGAUUAGGUGCUGUGUAAGUUGGGACAAGCACACUGGCCGCAACACUGUGAGUGCACUGCUGCUUUUGAUAUACUGGUAUUUAGUUAGCAGCAUUGUACUAUAGUGAAUAUAAGCUAAUGUGCAGCCAGGACCACAGGGUCUGGUUAGGAAGCCAAGCCUUGGGUACUGGCUGCAGUCUUAGUGGAUGUAUAAAUGCUUAUAUCAGGCUGGUGGAGGGCUGAUAUGGGAUACUCUCUCAUAUCCUCUCCAGCACCGGGCCUAAGCAUACACCGACGACCCAUAAGCCUUCAUGGGGGGAGGCUGCGGGCGCCAGGGCCAUUCGAUGUCAGACACUUGCUGUAUGUACAGUAGGUGUCUAAUAAAACUAAUGGACACUUAAGCCAUUAUCGAGCGACACCUGCGCAAUACAGUAAUAGCUUUACUUGUUUACAACGCAUAGCACUAUGCAGGGAAGAUGUGCAACAUACACAAGCUUUCUUCAGCACAUUUGAGUUUUCUUGUGUUUGCAUUUCAGGGA